AUGUCCAACAGCAGCUCCCCCAAUGAGUUCCUUCUCCUGGUAUUCCCUGACACACGAAAGCUGCAGCUCUUGCACUUCUCACUCUUCCUGGGCAUCUACCUGGCUGCCCUCUGGGGCAAUGGCCUCAUCAUCACAGCCGUAGCAUAUGACCACCGCCUCUACACCCCCAUGUACUUCUUCCUCCUCAACCUCUCCCUCCUCAGCCUCAGCACCAUCUCCACCAUUGUGCCCAAAUCCAUGGCCAAUUCCCUGAUGGACACCAGGGCCAUUUCCUACACAGGUUGUGCUGCUCAAGUCUUUCUGUUUUUCCUCUUGUCAGGAGGAGACUGUUUUCUUCUCACUGUCAUGGCCUAUGACCGCUAUGUUGCCAUCUGCAAACCCCUGCACUACAGCACACUCACGGGCAGCAGAACCUGUGUCCAAAUAGCAGCAGCUGCUUGGGCUACUGGGUUUCUCCAUGCUUUCCUGCACACUGCCAACACAUUUUCCAUACCCCUCUACCAAGGGUCUCUUUCAGCACUGACACCAAGGGAGCUCAAGGGGACAGAGUCAGGCUCAGGGCAGCAGGAGCUGCCCGAGGGGCUGCAGGGACUGGGUUCUCAUGCUGUGCUUGGUGGCAAGGUGGAUAGCAUGGAGGGGCUGCAGGCAGGCAGGAAGGAGGAUCUGCUGGGCACAAGAACAGGGGAGACAGAGAGUGACCAGGCCUCACUGCAGGACCUCAUCCUCCUUGGUGUGGAGCUGCUGUGA